AUGGGGCUCCCGAUUUUUGGAGAGCCCUUCUGUGAUGAUGCAGCCGGACGUGGCGGCUGGUUGGACAAGGGGGAGCUGCUGGGCAGGGUUCGACCCCCAGGCCUGGGCGGUGGAGGUGUAGCUGGCAGCGGUGGGCAGGUGAGGAACGCCGUCUGCUGGGCAGCGAGCAUCUUCAGAGGGCGUGGGGAGGGGGAGGAGCAGACGCAGGGCUGCCAGCAGGGAGCGCAGGAGCGUCCCAGUCUUGGUGGGUUGGAUGGGGUGGGGGGGGGACACGAGGAAGACAGGCCCCCAGCCGCCACCUCAUCAUCCACCGCAAUUCACAUAGAAGCGGGAUCCUGGGUGUCUCUGGCAGGGCCUCAGCGUGGCCCGGGCCAGAGCGUCGAGGACAGGAGAGCGGGAAAGAAGGGCAGUACGCAGCCGACGGCGUCACCAGAGGGAGGGCCGGUGGCCGUGGGUGGCGGGCUCCAGAGGGACUCUCGCAGCAAGGAGGCUGCAGUGGGCCCGGCCUGCGGACACAGCACUCCCGCGCGCGGUACUGCGGCCCAGGGGCUGGCGCGGAGAGGGCCCACAGUGGACUUGUUCACGCUGUAUGCCCUAACCGCUCAGCCCCUGGGUCUGGCAAGACAGGACAGCACCAGGGGAGUCAAGGGCAUGGGGCAAAGCCAGACCAGGCGGGGCAGGCGGGGCAGAGUAAGUGCAAUCUCCGGGGAGGGAGGUAGGGGCGCAGGCAGGGCGAGGCCAGGCUACAGGUGGCGAGCGGCAAGGUACCGGCCUCCGGAGCCCACGGCCAAGGCGGGCCUUACGGGCAGCGACAGAGGGGCGACCGGUGCCUCUCACGCUCGGACUGGAGGCGAGGCCAGGUCUCCAGCAGGGGUGGACGGGCCAGUCAGUCUUAAAGGCCAGGACGUCAGUGCAAUGAAUCUACUUGAGAGAUAUGAUAUGGUCCGGUGUGACGGUGAGGGCAGGGGAGAGACUGCCGUUCAGCUUUCCGGAACAACCUGGCUGGCACCACAGGCGGGAGGCUCCCACAACCAACGUCUGUUCCUUAGCUUUUCCGAGAGAGCUCACACACACACUGCUGCUCUCUGGGCACACCCUUCCCCCUCGAACCCCUCCAGAUGAACAGAAAUGGUGCUACCCAGCUCACGUCUGGGCCUUCGAAUCCGGGGACUUCUUCAAGUCCGUCUAGCUCUGAAUCAAGAAAAAUGCUGCAACUCAGGAAACACAACAAGACACAACUUGCCUCAGGAAUCAACUCUUCGAGGUGAAGCCAAAGGAACAGACCACGUGAACACCGUGGACGAGCAGACCCGAGACCCCACCCCCCCACAGUUCCAUCUCCAUGGCCACCCCCUGCCACGCCCAGGAGACCACCAGCCACCCAGCAUCCCAGGGCCAGGCCUCUGCCUGGGAUGCCAGCAUCGCUUCCCUCCUCUCUUCUUCUCGUUCAUCCUUUCCUUUGUGUGUUUGUUUCUUGCCUUUCCUUUCUUCUUCACUUGAGAGACUCCAGGCAUCCAUGACUCUUGUUUCCCCACCCAUCCCUUCUCAGUUAAU